GGUGGGGUUUGAACCCCUGACCUAUGGCAUAUAGGCCACCAAUUAGGGGAUAUGGUAACACUUGAGCUAGCUAAUCUGCUUUAGUUUAAGGGCUUUAUUUUUCCUUUAAAAAAACUAUCAUCUAAAUGAAAACUAAUCUAAUAUCCUUACUCUUUAAAGUAAGCCUGGAUCUAGCUUGAUAGUUGAGACCAAGCAAGACCUACUUGGAUAUAAAAGUAGUAUUGAUGAUCUCGCUAUCAAACUAUUCCAUUUUUUCAGUAUACAAAACAUUUUCCAAUGCUAGAAUUAAAUGAACAUUGGGUUCUUCUUGGGAGUUUGAAGUGUAGAAUUUAUGGCUAGAAGUUACUCCAAUUGGUACUUUGAAGUUGGAGUAAAUGUUGUAUUAAAUGAACUUUAUAGAACUGAGACUGCAUUAACUUUCCCAACUUGAUCACAUCAUAAAUCCUGUAUAUUGAUCACUCUUGCAGUCUUGUUCCCUUUCUUAAUUACAGAAACACCAACACAGAAACCAAGCUUGCUCUUGUUUUAUCUGCAGUUUGAUCUCACUCAUGAAAGAAGGAAUCCUCGAAGUUCUUAUCGUAAAUGCUGAAGACAUUAGACACACUAAUCUUAUCGGAAGACCCGCAUACUAUGUUAUAUUACAAUGUGGAACUAAAGAAUACAGAACCAAAACAUCACCAGGAAAACAUAAGAAAGUAUUGUGGAAUGAGAAAUUCAAGUUCAAUUUUCCGCUAUCCGAAUGGAAAAACUUAACUCAUAUAAAAUUCAGGAUCAUGGACAAGGAAUUCUUCAAAAACAACGGUUUUGUUGGUGAAACCAGAAUUCACCUUGGUGGAAUAAUUACUGAAGGAACUGACAAAGGAUUUAUAGUAUUGAGACCAGCUCCUUACAAUGUAGUGCUUGAAGAUGAUACCUAUAAAGGACAGAUAAAGAUUGGGUUUAAAUUCAUUGCUAAUAAAGAAGUGCAAAAUGAGAUUCGAGAAUUUGCUGUGAUGCCUAAUGAACCAAGGUCAAUUUGUACCUGCAUCAAGAAUCUAUGGAAAUUCCCAUGGUGGAUAUGUUUAUACCCCUUUAAACAGGAAAAUUCCAAAAAGGAGCAGAAGCAUGAGUGAGUGGAACAGCAUGAUGUCAGCUGCAUGUGAUUUAAUGUAAGAUUGUGAACUUUGGUCUGAAAAUCUACAUGAUAUGAGAUGUUUUUUUUUUCAAUAAUUUAGAGAAAUAAUAAGGCUUUAUACCAUUUUGUAAAAGUUUUCAAUUAGACCCCCCAAAUUAGGCCUGAAAGGCCAUUGGAUUCAAAAGAAAUGGGAGGCACGUCCAUCUCAUGAUAUUAAUGAAUUAUUGCUUUGUUUUCCCCCUCUA